GAGUUGUUUCUUCCGAAAACAACAGUAAUUCUUUUAUGGACUCGAAAUCGUCAGUACGUGUGGCGUCGAACACCGGUGGAACUGCAUUAAACGAUUUUGAUGUGGACGAUGAAGAAGACUUCAUAAAAGUGUAUUUUGCGUCUGGCACAGUACUGAAGCCGUCCGACAAACCGUACGAUCUGCGGUCGAAAAUAUACGAAGCAAACCGAGAAUUGGCAAACGCCAGCGAGAGCAAAUUCGUGAACGUGCCGGGAAAAGUCAAGUUCGACAACACUGUCGUGGUAUUGGACAGUUUCGAAGACAUUGGUACAGUGUCGAUUGGCACGGAAACACUUCAAGGGGCCGAGGUUAUUUUUUCCGAUCGCCCGAUUGAUGACUCCGAGGAUAAAGACAUUUUGGCGAAAAUUGAUUUGUUAAGAGACGAUGAUGCAGACGACCAAAACGACGUGGUAUGCAGUUCGGCUACCGAUAGGACGCAGGACACAGACACAGACGACAAAGCUUAUUCAAGCACUUCGUUCAGCAGGAGUUUUUCGUCUGAUUCCGACGACCCGUUGUUCAUAAACGUCAUAGAGUCCGGGGACGAGUUCAAGACGAUCAUGGACCGGAACAACAAGACCCGCCAAGGAUCAGCGAUUGACGAACAUGUGACGUACUUCCCGGAACUGUUCACCCACACGCAAUACAAGAUGUACGAAAACUGUGCUGAAAAACCGUUGGAAGAAGGUGAUGUAAACAUAUACGUUCCCAAGAAACUGGACGCGGAGGAGCUGAGAAACAAGCUGAAGGUAAUCACCGGAGAGCGUAAACGUGCGGUGCAGAUAGUGGGAGCAACGAACGACAGGAAAGUCGACUGUAAGCCCAUGAAAAAAGUCGGUUGUUUCGCAUCGUUGCGGAACGUGCAAAAAAAAAAUCAAGCAAAAUAUAAAAACAUCCGAUAAAAAGGUCCAACCGUCGUCUGCUCAG